UAAAAUAAAAAAAAAAAAGAAAAGGGAAAGACAUACAGUACGUACUCAAUUAUUAUUGUUGGUAUGCAUACAGUUGAAGAAUGUGCUCCAAUAAGUCCAAUCUCAAAAACAGAAUAAUGUAGUAAUGAAACCAGUCCAAGCAGUUGCAGACAAUUUUUUGGCCCCUGAAAUGAAACCAAUCAAUCAAAUCAAACCAAUCAAUCAGAGCGUUCGAUGAAAUUGAACCAUAACCGGAGGGUAUAUAUCUCAUCUUCUUCCCAUCCACUCUUCCAUUAAUUCAGCAUCAAGCUUUUUCAAUUAGGCUUUUAGAGCGCUGAAGGUUUCUUUUGAAGCAUUGUUAUCAAACACCUUCUACAUAGUCUUAAUUCAUAUUGUCUCAAUUCAAUCAUUUUGUUCUUCAAGUAACUCUUUCCUCAUCUCCUUAUCUCUAUUCAAUUAUUUAGACUGUUUACACUUUUUUUUUUUUUUCUCUUGGCAUCAAAAUCACUCAAGUUUCAAAAAUUCAUACUAGCUUAUUUCAUGGAUACUUCAGCUAAUUCAUGGUUUUCAGGACUGGGAAUAUUGGAGAUGGAGGAUGAUACAUAUUGCAGUGAUCAAUAUGAUGUAAUGGAUUUCUUGGAUGAGCAAUACUUGUCAUCAUCACCCAACUUUGGAGAAGAAUUCCUUCAAAACUCAAAUCAAUCUCCUGAAAGCAACUCAUCUUGUAUUUCCACCAUCAACAUUACUAAUCCAACACCACAAACAACAACAACAACAACAGCCCAUUUGGCCUCAACCUUAUCUUCAACAAAUCACAUUGACCAAAAUCUUCUUCCAUUGGUUCCUAAUAUUUAUUCAGUAGUAAUGGAAACUCCACCAGAAGAACCAGUUGUUGUUGUUGAGAGGCCAGCUAAGCAGCUCAAGCGGGCUAAUAAUACUAAAACUCCCAUUAUUCUUACUUUUGGAAAUCCAGUCUGUGUGCCAGAAAUCAUCAAUCCUUCAAAAACCUUAAAAUCCCAUGAUCGCAAUCCACAGCAGGAUGAUGAUGCAUUGUCUGAAGUUCUGAUGACAUCCAACCGUUCAUUCACAAGCCUUGAAGAAGCUAGUAAAAGUACUGCUGUUGUUGCUCAACCGAAAACAGCGAAAAAUAGAAAACGUGUAAGGCCGGAAUCACAAACUUAUGACCACAUCAUAGCGGAAAGAAAGCGAAGGGAGCAGCUCAGUCAACGGUUUAUGGCUCUUUCCGCCAUUGUUCCCGGCCUCAAGAAGAUGGAUAAAACAUCAGUUCUUGGAGAUACGAUCACAUACUUAAAGCAUCUGAAAGAGAGAGUAAGCAUGCUGGAAGAACAAGCCACAAAGCAAACGGUGGAGUCUGUGGUUCUUGUGAAGAAAUCACAGCUCAUGGUUGAAGAUCAAGUAAAUGAGGUGGGAAAUGAGCCAAAUGGCAGAAACAGCAACAUUAAAGAGCAGCAGCAACCACUUCUUCCUGAAAUUGAAGCUAAAGUUAGUGAUAAGAAAGUUCUUCUGAGGGUCCACUGUGAAAACCACAAAGGGGUGCUUGUGAAAUUGAUUUCGGAGGUAGAAAAGCUUAAUCUUGCAAUUACCAACACCAGCGUUGCAGUGUUUGGAAGCUUUGCUCUUGACAUUACCAUUAUUGCUGAGGUAAUUAAAGCACUUAAAAAUUGUUUGUUCAUUUUCAGUCAUUUUAGAUCAAAGGGGUAUUAAACGACUGAAUCAAUCAUAUAUGUUGAUCAAGUGUGUACUUUGUUGUCAAUUAUGUUCUUAAUUUUCGCAGAUGGAACAAGAAUUCAACACAACAACGAAAGAGCUCGUAAGAAGCCUUCAAUCAGCUCUUCAUCGAGUAGGACUACUGGAUAUGUAAAAAAAUAAAAAAAUCAAAAAUCAAAGUGAGGAAAAUAUAUCUUUGGUAAUUAGUGUUGUAUUGACCUCACUUUCAUAUUUCAGCCUUUUCUUACUCAGAUGUGUACAUGAAAUAAUUGUAUUUCUAGCGCAACUUGGUACAAAUUCGUGAUCCCAUUUUUGGUAAAUCAAUCUUAAUCAUCAGUGUUUAAAAUUACUGUCCCA